GAACGAAUGAAUCAAGUCAAAUAUUUUCCAUUAACGUCGUAAUAAUAAACAAUGUGCUUAUUGUAUUCGAUAACUUUCGAUAAUCGUAUCAGAGAUAUGAUAGUAUGGGAUAUACAGAAACACAUGCAUCAUACAUUUGUUGUACUGCCGAAUGUGCUGUGUCUGUUUAUGCCCGUGUCAAUAUACAACAAAAAGAAGAUCAUCCAACAGCAGUUCAACAAAAACGUCAUGAAUCAAUCGUCAUGAAUCAACAACAAACGCAAUCAAUUAAUAAUACUUCGUCGGUGUUAAUAUCUGGUAGCAGUAGCUUAAGCAGUAAUACAAGUAAACAAAAUGAUCGUAACUCAAGUUCAGGUGGAUCGAAUUCUAGAUCAUCUGGAUAUCAUCAAAAAGCUUUAGAAGAGAUACAUAAUUCAUUACAGCCAUUUGUGAAACAAAAUAGCAACGAUGUGGUGGGUUCAAGUGCAGCAAGCACUGUCUCAACAUUAUCAACCACAUCUGGUAUAUCGUCGGCGUCGGGACUUAGUUCUGCAUCGGGACUUAGUUGCAAUGGUUUAUCAUCAACGACAUCGGGCAUUGGCUCGAUGUCGACAUCAUCAGCGCAACAAGAUCGUGAUCAAAUGAAUGCGUUGAAACAAUCUUUAAAUCAAUUAUUAUCAAUGGGCUAUUCUGAGGAUACAUCAUUUCGUGCAUUAAAACAGGGUAAUGGCAGAUUUGAAGAUGCAAUACAAUAUUUAGUAAAACAACAAAACGAUGUAACAACAAUUAGUGGUACCAAUAAUGGAUUAUCAAAAACAAAUUUAACAAAAUUAAUUCGUAAGCCAUCAUUAGAACGUGAAUUAUCAACAGGUCCAGGUGUACCCGGUGGUGGUAAUCAAUCACAUCGUUGUAGUCCGGCAUCGACAACAUUAGACAGUGGUGCUGGUUCAUCGAGAUCUGAUUCACCACGUACAACAAAUAGUAGUCAACAGCCAUCCGAUAUAUAUCAUGUACAUACACAACUAUCUAGACAAUAUUCACCACAAAGUGGGGGUGGCAAUCGUAGUGAUCGCAGUGAUUCAGAACCACCACCACCAUUACCACCUCCUAGAUGUAGUUCAACACCACCUCCUCCACCGCCACCACCACAUGGUGUGGGUGGUGGUGUACCGUCGUCACAAGGUUCAAUAUUAGUACCAACUAAUAUGCAACAAUUGUUGAAACGUAUGUCACCAGCAGCUGCAUCACAUCGACCAUCAACGAAUGUGGUCACACCACCACAAGGUUGCGGUGCUCGUGGUACUAGUCCUGUUGCUGUUAUCGCAGGUAAUGGUAACGUUGUGAAUAAUAACGGUGGCAGUAAUGGAAGUGGUAAUGGUCGACAACCAAUGAUUGUACAAAAUGGUCCACAAGUACAACAACAAUUAAGUCAACAAAUACAAGCAUUAAGUUUAUAUCAAAGUGGUGGUGGUGGGGGUGGUGUUAAUCAAGUUGUACAACAAUCGUCUGGUGUUCCUGGUUCAGAACCACCACCACCUUAUCCAUUACCAUCAUUACCACCACCACCUCCACCAUCGUACUCAAUAUCAAUACAACAGCGACAAAGUCCAACACAAACAUCAUCACAACAAGAAAUUUAUAGUAGAAAAAGUCCUUCUAGUGGAAUUUAUUCAGGACCUACGUCAGCUGGGUCACCAAGUCCAAUAACCGUUCAGCAACAACAAGCAUCACCAAGUACAGUGUUAGGUGGCGUCGUGACGCGACCAACACCAUUACAAGCAUGGGGUGCAAGACAAACCAAAACGCAACCACCAAUUAUAAUGCAAUCAGUAAAAAGUACACAAGUACAAAAACCAAUAUUACAAACGGCCAUUGCACCUACGGCGCCCGUUGUCGUAGUCACCACCGGUGGUAAUGCUACACCGCCAGUUCCACCUGGUGUUACAACAACAUUUCCACCACCUUCAUAUGCAUCAUCAAUACAACAGAAACAUGUUGUGGCAACGUCACCUGGUCCACAAGCAGUCGGUGUAUAUGGUAGUAAAUCAAGUCAAACUCAAAACCAAACGGUGACAUCUUCUCAACAAUCAAUUAAUAGUUCCAGUACUUCAACAACACCGGUGAAUGUGCCAACAACAGAACCACCUAGUUAUGCAUCAACCAUGCAAGCAUUGGCAGCCCAACGUACUACAACCAAUACAAACAGUCAUCAUGUUCAUCAUCCGCAUCCUUUACCCCCACCUCCGUACACAACUACGGCGAAUGAUGUACAUCGUCAUCAGAAUUAUCCAAAGGAUGAACGAAGAAAAUAUUCAUCGCCAAAUAAUUGUGAUGGAGGUCGUUCGGAAAGUCCUAAUACAGACAAUAGUCGACCAAAUUCUGGAUAUUCAUCAGAGAAUAUCCCAUCACCAUCUAGUUGUAGUAAUUCAAAACAUUAUAACGGUAAUUCUAGUCCAAAUCCUAAUAAAUAUCAUCCCCAACAAUCUGCAUCGAAUAAUAAUAAUAAUUUACCACCCACCUAUAAAAAAAUUCAACAUCAAUCGCCAAUCCCCGAACGUAAGCAAAUGUCAAAAGAAAAAGAAGAUGAGCGACGGGAUUGUAAAGUACAAAAUUAUUCACCACAAGCAUAUAAAUUUUUCAUGGAACAGCAUAUUGAGAAUGUCAUCAAAUCACAUAAACAACGUGUUUAUCGUCGUUUACAACUCGAAACGGAAAUGGCAAAAAUAGGUUUAAGCGCUGAAGCACAAUGUCAAAUGCGUAAAAUGUUAUCACAAAAAGAAUCGAAUUAUAUUCGUUUAAAACGUGCCAAAAUGGAUAAAUCAAUGUUUACAAAAAUUAAACCAAUUGGUGUAGGUGCUUUCGGUGAAGUGACAUUAGUGCGUAAAAUUGAUACAAAUCAUUUGUAUGCUAUGAAAACACUACGAAAAGCGGACGUGUUAAAACGUAAUCAAGUGGCACAUGUGAAAGCUGAACGUGAUAUUUUAGCAGAAGCGGAUAAUGAAUGGGUUGUAAAAUUGUAUUAUUCAUUUCAAGAUAAAGAUAAUUUAUAUUUUGUUAUGGAUUAUAUACCUGGUGGUGAUUUGAUGUCAUUGCUAAUUAAACUUGGCAUCUUUGAAGAACCAUUAGCACGAUUUUAUAUUGCUGAAUUAACUUGCGCUGUUGAGAGUGUACAUAAAAUGGGUUUUAUUCAUAGAGAUAUCAAACCAGACAAUAUAUUAAUUGAUCGUGAUGGACAUAUUAAAUUAACUGAUUUUGGAUUAUGUACUGGAUUUCGAUGGACACAUAACUCAAAAUAUUAUCAACAAAAUGGUGAGCAUGGUCGUCAAGAUUCCAUGGAUCCAAGAGAUGAUUGGUUAACGGAUAACAGUGAAUGUAGAUGUUAUCAUCAACAACAUCAAUUGAAACCAUUGGAACGGCGCCGUCGUAGGGAACAUCAAAGGUGUUUAGCACAUUCAUUAGUGGGUACUCCAAAUUAUAUUGCUCCAGAAGUGUUGCAACGAACUGGUUAUACACAAUUAUGUGAUUGGUGGAGUGUAGGAGUUAUUCUAUAUGAAAUGUUAGUUGGGAGUCCUCCAUUUUUAGCAAAUACACCAUCAGAAACACAAUAUAAGGUAAUAAAUUGGGAAACAACACUUCAUAUACCAAAACAAGCUAAUUUAUCACGUGAGAGCAUGGAUUUAAUUUUAAAAUUAUGUGUGGGAGCUGACAAACGUUUGGGAAAAAAUGCCAAUGAAGUAAAAUCACAUGCAUUCUUUAAAAAUAUUGAUUUUGACAAAGGAUUGCGUCGUCAAGUGGCACCACAUAUUCCACGUAUUGAAUAUCAAACAGAUACAUCAAAUUUUGAUCCUGUUGAUCCGGAUAAAUUACGCAAUUCAAAUGAUUCAAAUCAUUCGGACAACGAUCGUUCAGAUACAAGUAAACCAUUUCAUGGUUUCUUUGAAUUUACAUUUCGUCGUUUUUUUGACGAUGGUGGUGGGCCCGCAUUUACAAAUAAAAUUAGUCUUGAUGACAAUGAUAAUCAAGGACCUGUUUAUGUUUGAUAAACAAUUUUCAUUUGAUAAUGAGACUCACCACUGAUAAAA